UGCUCCCCCUCCCGUCGUCAUCGCCUCCCCAAAUCACAUCACAUCGCGUCGGAGAAUCCCUCUCCUCCCGUCCCGCCGCCGCCGCCGACGACGACGACGACGUCCAGCCCUCCUCCGUAAUCCCCCACUUGUUGGGCCUGCACCUUGUGGUAGCCACUCUUUAAUCAAUGGAGAGCACAGAGCCCCUACAGGAUAUCAUGUGCGAGUUUCGUGCGGGUAAGAUGUCCCUUGAUGGAACACGAGUGAUCCCAGACACACGCAAGGGUCUUGUUCGCAUAGGAAGGGGUGAAGAAGGCUUGGUUCAUUUUCAAUGGCUUGAUCGUGGACAGAAUCUAGUUGAAGUUGAUCAAAUUGUCUUCCCUGAGGAGGCUGUCUUUGAGAAGGUAACACAAUCUUCUGGAAGGGUUUACAUCUUGAAGUUCAGGCACGAUAGCAGGAAAUUCUUCUUCUGGAUGCAGGAGCCAAGUGCUGAUGACGACUCACAAAUAUGUCGCCAAGUUAAUGCCUACAUAAACCGACCAUUAGAUGGUGAGGCAGUUUCUAUUGAAGCUGAAAUGUCACAUGAAGACACAGCUGAUGAUGACAUCUCCUCCAGAGCUGGGAAUUUAGUUGAUCAGAGCAUGACUGCUGAUUUAGCUGGUGAGGUGACAUCUGCUGCUGGGCCAGUACGGUUGGAAGACCUGCAGAGAAUACUGAGUGCUAUACAGCCAUCAGAUGCUGUGGCAGACCCUGAUGCUGGAUUAGGAUUAGGAGACAUCUUGAAGCCUGAUUUGGUGUUACCACUCAUGGAAACUUUGCCCAUUGAACAGUUGGCAUCAUAUCUUCCAGAGGGCCCAUGGACUGCUGGUGAUAUUCUUGAACUAUUGCAAAGUCCUCCUUUGCGGCAGCAAGUAGAAGCGUUUACCCAUGUGCUGCGGACUGGGCAAAUAGAUCUAGCACAAUUUGGAGUUGACCCUAGUAAAUAUAAAUUCACAGUAGCUUCGUUCCUGGAGGCUCUUGAAGACUCCGUGGCAAAAGCUUCAGGAGCUGGAGACAAGGAUUCAGAGUCCCAGAGAGGCGGUGGAAAUGAUCCCAUGGAUGAGAGUUAAUGUCAAAAUGGUUUGGUUUGAAAACUUGAUGAAACACAAAGCGGGACUGGACUUAUGUUGGCACGCACAGGCCUAUUUCUAGUCAUUUGAUCUGAUUAUAGAUGCUUGAUAGGUGGCAUAGACAUUUUGAAGCUGGCUUUAUUCUGCACUGCCUGUGCUGUUAUGUGUAUACAGGGAGGAUACGGUGGUCUAGCCUAUUUUGCACUGGUGUAUGCUCAGUAGAGUAUUAAAGGUACUGGACCAUUGUUAAGUGUACUUGGGCGUCGUCGUCAUAUAAUGGAUGGAUGGAUCGGCUGAUCGAUCAGCUGGGUUGGGCGUACGUCUGCGCACUGCUCCUCCCAGUUCAAGUACA